GAUAAACAAGCAUCGCAAUACGUCAACAUGGCCUCGGUCUCGUUAAAUACGCGGAGUAAAAAGCACUUUUUGGGUGUACCAGCACCUCUGGGAUAUGUUGCUGGUGUUGGCCGAGGAGCUACAGGAUUUACAACACGAUCUGAUAUCGGUCCCGCUCGAGAUGCUAAUGACGUUUCGGAUGAUAGACACGCUCCACCCACGAAACGUGCAAAGAAAAAGGAGGAGGAGGAAGAGGAUGAAGAAGACUUAAAUGAUUCAAAUUACGAUGAAUUUUCAGGAUAUGGAGGUUCUCUAUUUAGUAAGGAUCCUUAUGAUAAAGAUGAUGAAGAAGCAGAUGCAAUUUAUGAAGCUAUUGAUAAACGUAUGGAUGAGAAACGUAAGGAAUACAGAGAAAAACGGCUCAGGGAAGAACUGGAACGCUAUCGUCAAGAACGUCCGAAAAUUCAGCAGCAAUUCUCAGACUUGAAGAGAGAAUUGGUUAAUGUAUCUGAAGAUGAAUGGAGAAACGUCCCUGAAGUGGGAGAUGCUAGAAAUCGCAAACAGCGUAAUCCAAGAGCAGAAAAAUUUACCCCAUUGCCAGACUCAGUCCUAGCAAGAAAUUUAGGGGGUGAAACAUCCACUAGUAUUGAUCCAUCUAGUGGUUUGGCCUCCAUGAUGCCAGGUGUAGCGACACCAGGUAUGUUAACUCCUACAGGAGAUCUCGAUCUCAGGAAGAUUGGACAGGCCAGAAAUACAUUGAUGAAUGUCAAGCUGAAUCAAGUUUCCGAUUCAGUAGAGGGCCAAACUGUAGUUGAUCCAAAAGGAUAUCUUACAGAUUUGCAGAGCAUGAUACCUACUUAUGGUGGUGACAUAAACGACAUAAAAAAGGCCAGAUUACUGUUAAAAUCCGUCAGAGAGACCAAUCCUAAUCAUCCCCCUGCGUGGAUCGCGUCCGCGCGUUUAGAAGAGGUGACGGGAAAGGUUCAAGCAGCAAGAAAUCUGAUAAUGAAAGGCUGCGAAGUAAAUCCCACUUCUGAAGAUCUAUGGUUGGAAGCUGCGAGACUGCAGCCGCCAGAUACGGCAAAGGCAGUGAUAGCACAAUCGGUGCGACAUAUUCCGACAUCUGUUAGAAUCUGGAUAAAGGCCGCGGAUUUGGAGAUGGAGGUAAAAGCGAAAAGAAGAGUGUAUCGAAAGGCUCUGGAACAUAUCCCGAAUUCAGUGAGAUUGUGGAAAGCGGCCGUCGAAUUGGAGGAGCCCGAAGACGCACGUAUCUUGCUUAGUCGUGCGGUUGAAUGCUGUCCAACUAGUGUGGAUUUAUGGCUGGCUCUCGCAAGAUUAGAGACCUAUGAUAAUGCGAGAAAAGUCUUGAACAAGGCCCGAGAAAAUAUCCCGACAGAUAGACAGAUUUGGACCACCGCCGCGAAAUUGGAAGAGGCAAACGGCAAUAAGCACAUGGUAGAGAAAAUCAUCGAUCGCGCUAUAUCCUCGUUGAGCGCCAAUGGGGUAGAGAUCAACAGGGAACAUUGGUUUAAGGAAGCUAUGGAAGCUGAGAAAGCGGGAGCAGUGCAUUGUUGUCAAGUUAUCGUCAAAGCUAUUAUUAGUUUUGGAGUAGAAGAAGAGGAUAGGAAGCAUACAUGGAUGGAAGAUGCGGAAACUUGCGCUCAACAAGGAGCAUUGGAAUGCGCGAGAGCUGUUUAUGCAUAUGCAUUAACGACAUUUCCUAGUAAGAAAUCAAUCUGGUUACGCGCGGCUUAUUUCGAAAAGACAUACGGUACACGAGAAUCUUUGGAAGCUUUGCUACAAAGAGCAGUCGCUCAUUGUCCCAAGAGUGAAGUGCUCUGGCUGAUGGGUGCUAAAUCCAAGUGGUUGGCUGGCGAUGUGCCAGCAGCCAGAGGUAUCUUGUCUCUAGCGUUCCAAGCUAAUCCAAAUUCCGAAGAAAUUUGGCUGGCGGCAGUGAAGCUCGAGUCCGAAAAUUCAGAAUACGAGAGAGCGCGACGUUUAUUGGCCAAGGCUAGAGCAUCCGCUCCGACGCCGAGAGUAAUGAUGAAAAGCGCUAAACUGGAAUGGGCUCUUAAUAAUUUGGAUGCGGCAUUACGUUUACUGAAAGAAGCUCUCGACGCUUUCGAUGACUUCCCUAAAUUGUGGCUAAUGAAGGGCCAAAUUGAGGAACAGCAGGGUUAUUUAGACAAAGCGAUAGAGACAUAUAAUCAAGCGAUCAAGAAAUGUCCAAAUUCGAUACCCUUAUGGCGUCUGCUGGCGCAAUUGGAGCACAGGAAGAACCAAGUGACUAAGGCACGUUCAGUUUUGGAGAAAGCUCGGCUCAAGAAUCCUAAAAAUGCAGAAUUAUGGUUAGAAGCUGUACGGAAUGAAUUAAAAAGCGGCGGCGCGCGCGAUAUGGCAAAUACGCUAAUGGCUAAGGCGUUACAAGAAUGCCCUACCUCGGGUCUCCUUUGGGCGGAGGCAAUUUUCAUGGAACCACGACCUCAACGAAAAACUAAGAGUGUAGAUGCUCUUAAAAAAUGCGAACACGAUCCACACGUUCUUCUAGCAGUAUCAAAAUUAUUUUGGUGUGAACAUAAGAUUUCAAAAUGCAGAGAUUGGUUUAAUCGAACGGUAAAGAUAGAUCCGGAUUUAGGAGACGCGUGGGCGUAUUUCUACAAGUUUGAAUUACUAAAUGGCACCGAAGAACAGCAAGAAGAUGUAAAGAAGAGAUGCAUUGUCGCGGAGCCUCAUCAUGGUGAAAAUUGGUGUAAGGUUUCCAAAAAUAUAGUAAACUGGUGUCUGAGUAUAGAUCAGAUCCUAGUAUUGGUUGCAAAAGAAUUGCCCAUUCCCAUAUAAAAUAAUAUAAAUAAUUACUUUUGACAUCAAUUAAAAACGAUUACAAAAUAUUCAUUAAUGUAUGUUAGUAAUGGGUAAGUUUGUAAAUAAAGCUCAGAGAAUCGAUUAAUUUUAA